CUUUCUCUCUCAGCGGUCACCAGCCCCUUUUAAUACCAGUACCUAACCAAGACAAGGCAAGACACCAAUUCCAUUCCAUCCAUCUCUCAUGUCACUCCUGAUAUCUUGAGGGAGAAAGAAAGGAAGAAGAGAAAGGGGAGAUGUAUGGAGAGACAAAGUAGAAGAUAGCAGCAGCGGUGGUGGUAGAAAUUUGCACACAAAGCAAAAAAAGAAAAGGAAAAAAAAAGAGAGGCAGCAGCAAGCACCAGACAUCGCAAAACACAAGCAGAAACAAACACAAGAGGCCUCUCCCAAGAACACCAAGAACCUUCCAUCGGUGGAAUCCUUGCACUGCCACUACCCACCGCGCUCACGCGCGCACGCGCGGAAGGUGUUCGAUCGGUGGAUGGAGGCGGCGGCGCCGUCCCCUGACCUGUCGCUGCACAUCAGCCUUCCGACCAGCGGCACGAUGAUGCCGACGUCCGCGCCGGGGCUGGGCGCGGCGGCGGCGGCAGGUGGUGCAGGCGGGGACCCGUGGCGGCGGCUGAACGGCUCCACGGCGUCUACCGAGCUGUCGCUCUCGCCGCCGCCGCCGCCGCCGCCGCAGGGUCAUCAGCAGGCAGACGUCCUGCCGUGGCGACUCAGGCAGAUGAUGGCGUCGUCGUCCGUGCCAGUGACCUUGCCGACGCGUCCUCUGGAUGCCGCUGCCGCGGCAGAGUCCUCGGCGCGGCCGAUCCGGGGCAUACCCGUCUACAGCAGGCCGGGCGCCGCGCAUCAUCCGUUCUACAACAACCCCUACUACUGCCAGUCAUCCGAGGCGUGGCCUCCAUCGUCCACGGCGCCUUCGUCUUCGGUGGACGCUGCAGCUGCGGCUUCGGCGGCGGCGUUCCUGUCGCCUUCGGCAUACCACCGGAUGCUGUCGAGCACGGGGCGGCUGCACGGCGUGCUCGCGGACACGCUCCGGGGCUACGGCGCCCUGGGCGCGGCGUCCCGCUUCAUGCUGCCCAAGCUCCCGGGCUCCCGCCGCAGCAUGCGCGCGCCCCGGAUGCGCUGGACCAGCAGCCUCCACGCCCGCUUCGUCCACGCUGUCGAGCUCCUUGGCGGCCACGAGCGUGCGACGCCCAAGUCGGUGCUGGAGCUGAUGGACGUGAAGGAUCUGACGCUAGCCCAUGUGAAGAGCCAUUUGCAGAUGUAUAGGACCGUCAAAAGCACUGACAAGCCUGCAUCCUCCUCGGGGCCAAUGGACGGCAUUGGCUCCGGCUCCGGCGACGACAACCUCCCGGACAGCGUCAGGCAAGCGACGUCGGGCGGCGACAUGAACCCACAGCUGUUCAACGAGCACAACCGGUCUUCUUCCGAGUGCACGGCGAGCCCUGCCGCCGCCGGUGCCGGCGACGUCGACUGCUCAUCGUCGGCCGCCAACUCCGACAGCAGGGCACGCAGCGAUUCAAGAGAUCUGUGGCCGUCAUCAAACGGGUGUGACCCUGCCGCUCAUCGAUUGGUUGGAGCUUCACGAGCAGUUGAGGGAAUAGAGCCUGCUUGUAGAUCAAGUAGCUUGCAGUUGCAGGUAUCCAGCCAUGAACUGAGCUGCCCAAGCCUCGAGUUCACGCUAGGGCGACCAAAUUGGCAUGGUGCAGAUCAUGACUAGCUAGCUAGACGCAUGCCUGGCUUCCGAAUUUCAGCCAUACCAUUAAUUAUGACCUAUGGCCAUACUUUCAUCAGGGCGAGUGUGCUACCAAGAAUUCAGCAAAUCUGAUGAAAAAAGAGAAGGGCUGAACAGCGGCACACAGAGACGUGCUCCAGAUUCGUCAAAAGAACACACAAGUGACCUCAUUAUCUCAUCUUUCAGUAGUUUUUCGUCAUCUUUUAUAGAGAGUUGAGUAUUGUAGUUUGUCCGUGAGGGAACCAGCUAGAUUAUUAGAAAUCCCAAAGAUGUUCUAUACUUGACUUCGUGACUAGCUAGGUAGUGUAAUGCCUCAUCUGCAUAUGGAAAUUAAGGGAGGGAAAUUUGUCCUGUCAGUUCUCCUAUCUUUCUAACACAGUUUUUUCUCCUUUUCAAA